AUGCUUUUCAUAAGUCAAAUAUCAGUUAUUCAAGCUAAAAAACCAACAUGUGACAAUCAAGUUAACUGUUUAGUUGAUCCAUGCAAAUUUGCAACAUGCAAGAAGUAUCCAACGGCUGUUUGUCGUUCGAAUUAUUGUGGUGGGUGCUUUGCUGAUUUUUAUGUUCGUUGCAAAAAAGUCGAUUGUGGUAAUACGGAUACUGGGGAACAAGCUGUACCAGCAUAA